CUGGAAGCUCUAUAGUCUCCACUAACUUCUAAUGUCUUCUAAUCCAUCCAUUAGUCGGCGGAGUAAAAGGCGCCAGUGUUUAGUUUCCUAAAAGAAAGAAAGGUCCCAAACUGCUGGAUGUGGUUUUAAACCCUGAAACCAAGCUACACAGAGCAGGUCGGGCAGAAGUGAGUGUGAAGAGAGCCUUUUCUAAACUCUGACAUGGACUCUGACAACAGUCACCAGCCGUCCUUUCACUGGUUCAUCCAUCAAGCUUUACCUCCAGAUGUUAAGAAAGUGAUUGUUGGUGAAGAGGAGCAGCAGGAGUGUAGCUCCAGUGUGGACCAGCAGGAGCCAGAGCCCCCCCCACACAUUAAAGAGGAACAGGAGGAACCGUGGAGCAGUCAGGAGGGAGAGCAGCUUCAAGGGCUGGAGGAGGCUGAUAUCACCAAGUUCCCAUUCACUCCUGUCCCUGUGAAGAGUGAAGAUGAUGAAGAGGAAGCUCAGUCCUCACAGCUUCAUCACAGACAAACUGAGGAGAACAGAGAGGCAGAACUUCAGUCAGGUUCAAACUCUCUGAAAAAUGAUUCAAGAUGUAAGAACACAUUUAGCUGCUCUGAAUGUGGGAAAACAUUUGACUUCAAGUCACGUCUGAAAAGACACGAGAUGACUCACACAGGAGAAAAGCCUUUCAGCUGCUCUGAGUGCGGGAAAUGUUUUACAGAAAGAGGAACUUUACGGAAACACAUAAGAACACACACAGGAGAAAAACCUUUUAGCUGUUCAGUCUGUAAGACAUCUUUUAUAGAGAGGGAAGGUUUUCAGGCACACAUGAGAAGCCACACAGGAGAGAAACCUUUUAGCUGCACUGAGUGUGACAAAAGAUUUAGCCUUAAUAAACUUCUGACGAGACACAUGAGAACUCACAGAGGAGAGAGACCUUUCAGCUGCUCAGUCUGUAAGAAGUCUUUUGGACAAAAUGUAAAUUUACGGAUACACAUGACCAUCCACACAGGACAGAGGCCAUUUAGCUGCUCAUUCUGUGAGAGAGGUUUCACAGCGAGAGGAAGUUUAGAGAAACACAUGAGAAUCCACACAGGAGAGAGGCCGUUUACCUGCUCCGUCUGUAAGAAAACCUUUAUAGACAAAGGAACUUUAAAAAUACACAUGAGAGUCCACAAGGGACAAAAAACGUCUACUUGUGUUAGUGACGUAAUAAAGCAGCAGGAGUGUAGCUCCAGUGUGGACCAGGAGGAGCCAGAGCCCCGACCUGAGACUGGUGACAGUGCUGAAUUGAAGGAGACCAGAGAACCUCAGUCAGCUUUAAACUCUCUGAAAGGUGAAGACGUUCUCGUCUGGGAUUCGGGGUUUAGUGCUGGUGACAAACCAAUUAGCUGCUCUGAGUGUGGGAGACGAUUUUGGACCCAGCAAAAUCUGACGAGACACAUGAGAACUCAUACGGGAGAGAAACCUUUCAGCUGCUCAGUCUGUCAGAAAUCUUUUACACAGAGAGGAAAUGUACGGAGACAUAUGACAACUCAUACAGGAGAGAAGCCAUUCAGCUGCAGUGUUUGUCACAAAACAUUUGCCUGGCCAGAAAAGCUCAAAAGACAUAAAUGUGUCGGUCGUCAGUCGUCACAGCUUCAUCAGAGUCAACCUGAAGAGAAGAGAAAGGCAGAAGCUGAUGGAGAGGACUGUGGAGGACCAGAACCAGCCAGGAACUCACAUCCACCUUUACAACCAGAGACUGAAGACCAGACUGGAGACUCUUCUAAACCAGAGACUAAAGACAAUGCUGAUUGGAAGGAGACCAGAGAACCUCAG